CGUUGCUAGGCGCGCACUGCGUGCUCUGCGUGGAGCGCGCGGUGGCCGAGGCGGGAAGCGCGAGCGGCGGCGCCAUGGCCAGAGUGUGGCAGCAGCCGUUCCUCAACGUCUUCAGACACUUCAAGGUGGACGAGUGGAAGCGGUCCUCUAAAGAGGGCGACGUGGCCGUCGUGACGGACAAGACCCUCAAGUGCACGGUGUACCGCGUGCGGGGCCCUGUCUCUGCUGGCAAUUACAUCCAGCUCCCCAAAACCAGCACCCAGUCCCUGGGGCUGACCGGACGCUACCUGUACGUGCUCUUUCGGCCCCUGCCCGCCAAGCAUUUUGUCAUUCACCUGGACCUGUGUACCGAGGGCAGCCAGGUCAUCCGAGUGUCAUUCUCCAACUUCUUCAAGGAGUUCAAGUCCACAGCCACAUGGCUUCAGUUUCCUUUCAUCUGUGAGACUGGGACACCCAGGAAAGGUGUGGGCUCUCCUGGUGCCCGCUGGACCUGCCUGCAGCUCGACCUGCACGACAUUCUGCUGGUCUACCUGAACCGACGGUACAGUCACAUCAAGAGCAUCAGGCUGUGUGCUAGCCUGCUGGUCAGGAACCUCUACACCAGCGACCUGUGCUUCGAUCCCGCUGUCACUGUCGCUGAAGCCCGGUGUGCAAAACUGCCCAUCACCCCCAUACCUCGAGAAAUGGCAUUCCCGGUGCCGAAAGGGGAGAGCUGGCACGACCACUAUGUCCACAUCCGGUUUCCAAGCGACAGCUCAAAAACACCCUCCGAGGCAGUUCAGAAGAGCUGUUCCCCUUCUGAGGCAGCGGGGCCUGUGCUGCGGCUUCUUCCUCACCCAGCGGCCUUCAGCAAGCCUGUUCAGGACAGCCUGGCCCUCAUGGUCCAGAAGCGUGGCCCCACAGCCUCCCGCCAGGCCCCCUCUGUGCCCAGGCCCCUUCCAGAAAUCAGUGUGUCCUGUGAGCGCUCCAAGGUCUCUAGUGUGGGUGGCCCCAGUGGCCGUAGCCAGGAGCCCUUGGCCUGGGUGGAGGCUACUGACAAGCACGUGGCCAGUGACAGCCUUCACGUGUCUGUGCAUCAGACGACUGUGGAGCCCACGGCCCCAGAGGAUGCAUCCCCACAAGAGUCUCCUGGCAGAAAGCAGAACCAACAGGAGGUGGCUUUGGGCAAGAAUCGUUUUCAACAAAGAAGCUUCCUCCCGGAUCCGGUCCUGAGGCUCAAGGGGGUCAUCGGCUUUGGGGGUCACAGCACCAAAUGGGCCCUGUGGACCCGGGAUGGGGCCGCCGUCGUGUACCCUUGCCAUGCGAUCAUCGUCGUCCUGUGUGUCAGCACCCGGGAGCAGCGUCUUUUCCUUGGCCACACAGACAAGGUCUCUGCCCUGGCGCUGGACGGGAGCGGUUCCCUGCUGGCCUCAGCCCAGGCACGGCCCCACAGCAUGCUGCGUCUCUGGGACUUCCAGACCGGGGAGUGCCUGUCCCUCUUCCAAAGCCCAGUCCACACCGUCUGCUCCCUCAGCUUCUCUGACAGUGGGGAGGUGCUUUGUGGUGUCGGCAAGGACCGCCACGGGCGGAUGACUGUGGUGGUGUGGGGCACGGCCCAGGUGGGGCGAGGCGGAGAGGCCGUCAUCCUCACGAAGGUGCACAGUGACGUUGAUAUCCAGGCAUUCGAGGUGGCCUUUUUCGAUGAAACCAGGAUGGCAUCGUGCGGGCGGGGCAGCGUGCGGCUGUGGCGGCUGCGAGGUGGGGGGCUGCGCUCCUGCCCUGUGGACCUGGGGGAGCACCACGCGCUGGAGUUCACUGACCUGGCCUUCAGGCAGGCCCAGGACGGCCAUAUACUCUACGUCUGCAGCCGCAGCGGCCACAUCCUGGAGAUUGACCACCAGCGCAUGGCUGUGCGGUGUGCUCGCCGCCUCCUGCCUACACAGACCCCUGGUGGCCCCCUCCCACAGCAGCAGACCUUCAGUUCAGGCCCCGGCAUCGCCAUCAGCAGCCUCAGCAUCUCCCAGGCCAAGUGUGCCAUGGGCUCCGAGGACGGCUACCUGCGCCUCUGGCCCCUGGACUUCUCUUCUGUGCUCUUGGAGGCAGGCCUGGGCGAUCACCAACCCACCCUGCCUGCAGAGCAUGAGGGCCCCAUCAGCUCCGUCUGCGUCAGCCCUGACGGCCUGCGUGUGCUGUCCACCACCUCCUCGGGCCACCUGGGUUUCCUGGACAUCCUGUCCCGGGAGUACAGCGUGCUGGUGCGCUCCCACGCCGCCCCGGUGCUGGCCCUUGCCACUGAGAGCAGCCGGGGACAGCUGGCCACUGUGUCCCAGGACCACACUGUCCGCAUCUGGGACCUAGCGACCCUGCAGCAGCUGUACGACUUCGUGUCUCCGGAGGAGGCCCCGUGUGCUGUUGCCUUCCACCCUACCCAGCCCACCUUCUUCUGUGGCUUUAGCAGCGGGGCCGUCCGUUCCUUCAGCCUGGAGACCACCGAGGUCCUAGUGGAGCACAGGUGUCACCGCGGAGCCAUCACCGGCCUGGCCGCCAGCCCCGACGGCAGCCUCCUGUUCAGCUCCUGCUCUCGGGGCUCCCUGGCCCAGUACCAUAGCAGCGCGCCCCAGUGCCGCAUCCUUCGUGUGACAGCUAACGUGGUGUGCCAGGAGGCUUGCCCGAGCCCCAGUGCCCUGGUGGUCAGUGGGGACAGCCACCUGCUGGCCUUUGUGGGUCCUUCCAAGUACACGGUGACUGUCAUGGACACAGCCUCACUGGAUGAGCUGCUGAGGGUUGACAUCAGGACUCUGGACCUGGCUGGCAGCUGCCUGGACUCAGCUGUGGCCGUCUGCUUUGGCCCUGCACCCCCUGGCCACUUGCUGGUGUCCACGUCCUCUAACAUGGUUGCAGUGCUAGAUGCCACGUCGGGCCGCUUGGUCCGGGAGCUGUCCUGUGUCCCCCCUGCGGCCUGCUCUGUCCUAGCUCUCAGCGGGGAUGGCCGUUUUCUGCUCACAGCCGCUGACCGGGCCAUCAAGGUGUGGGACUACUCAGCACAGGGUGGCCUUGGCUGCCAGGUGUACAUCGGCCACUCAGAACCUGUGCGGGCCGUGGCUUUCACCCCCGACCAGCAGCAGCUCCUUAGUGUGGGAGACGCCAUCUUUCUAUGGGACGUUUUGGCGCCCUCUGAGAAGUCCCCUCCAGGAAGUGUCCAAGGCUCUCCCGGGGCCCCCACAACCUGCGAAGCUGGCCUGGGUACAAGACAGCUGGAGGACAUGGUGUCCGGGGCCAAUGGGCUUCCCCGGCAGCAGGUGCCCAUGCCAUCCCAGGCGUCCCCACCCUGGCUGGACAUCUGUGCCAGGCCCCCCAAGGACCAUGAUGGCGCUUUCUCCGUGUCAGAUGAGAGCCGUGGCCCUGAGGGUCUCCGCCAGGCCUCAGGCCCACCUGUGCUGGUGCAGAAGGAGGCUGGCAGGGCCGGUGAUGGGGCCUGGGGGGCCAUGGGGGGCCCCUGGGACCUUGGCAGGCCUCCCAAUCCCCGUGGUUGGCCCAGUGGCCUAAGGACAGACCUGGCUGCCCCUGGCAGACAAGGGAUGGUCACCUACAGGACAAAUGGAGAGCCCAAGGCCCCUGCUGGGCCAGGUGCCUGCAGCACUGGAAGAGCCAGGGCCCAGCCCCCCACUCGCCCGGACUUCUAUCGGCAUUUCACAGCUCGCUACAAGGCCUCCCUGCUGCCCAAGGGCCUCUCCUUCCCUGCUGUCGGCGAUGAGCGGCUGCACCUGAAGGCCGUCAUGGGUUACAACGGGAACGGGCGCGCCAACCUGGUCUGGAGGCCAGACACAGGCUUCUUCGCCUACACGUGUGGUCGCCUGGUGGUGGUGGAGGACCUGCACUCUGGUGUCCAGCAGCACUGGCUUGGCCACCCUGAGGAGAUCUCCACGCUGGCCCUCAGCCACGAUGCCCAGGUGCUGGCCUCUGCCUCAGGCCGAAGCAGCACUGCCUCCCGCUGCCAGAUCCGUGUCUGGGACGUGCCAGGGGGCUCCUGUCGGCAGCUCCUUUCUCACCACGACACUGCUGUUCAGGCCCUGGCUUUCUCACCAGACGACAGACUCCUCGUCACUCUGGGGGACUAUGGCGACCGCACCCUGGCCCUGUGGAGCAUGGCCACCUACGAGCUUGUGUCCUCCACGUGCCUCCCAGAGCCAGUAUACGGCAUGGCCUUCAACCCCUGGGACGCUGGCGAGCUCGCCUGCGUGGGCCAGGGUGCCGUCACCCUGUGGCUUCUGCAGCAGCGUGGGGGCGAUGUCAGCCUCCAGGUCCACCGAGAGCCCAUCCCUGAGGAGGUGGGGGGGUGGGAGCUGACCUCGCUCUGCUACGGGACCACACCCCUGCUCUACUGCGGCUCCAGUGCUGGCCAGGUGUGUGUUUGGGACAUGUGUGCCAGCUGCUGCUUCCUGGCCUGGGAGGCGGACGACGGUGAGAUCGGAGUACUGCUGUGCUCGGGCGCGCGUCUGGUCAGUGGCAGCAACACCAGGCGGCUGCGCCUAUGGGCCGUGGGGGCCGUACCAGAGCUGAGGCGCAAGGGCUCCAGGGCCAGGUCUAGCUCUGUGUUUAUGGAGCGUGAGCUGACCCUUGACGGGGCCGUCGUGAGUGCAGUCUUCCACGAAAGCAUGGACAUGGGUGUGGUGGGCACCACGGCGGGCACGCUCUGGUACGUCAGCUGGGCUGAGGGCACAAGCACCCGCCUCGUCAGCGGCCACCAGAGCAAGGUGAACGAGGUGGUCUUCAGCCCCAGCGAGUCCCACUGUGCCACGUGCAGUGACGAUGGGAGCGUGAGGGUGUGGAGCGUGGCCAGCAUGGAGCUGCUGAUCCAGUUCCAGGUGCUCAGCCAGAGCUGCCUCUGCCUGUCUUGGAGCCCCCCAUCCUGCGAACGCCCAGAGCAGCAGUGGGUGGCAGCGGGCUACAGUGACGGCACGCUGCGGCUCUUCAGCAUCCCCCUCAUAGCGAUGGAGCUCAAGAUGCAUCCCCACUCGGCUGCACUGACGGCCAUCGCCUUCUCUGCUGAUGGUCAAACCAUCCUCUCCGGAGACAGGGAUGGGCUCGUGGCUGUGAGUCGCCCUCGCACGGGGAUGACCUUCCGUGUGCUGAAUGACCAUCGGGGAGCCCCGAUCUGCACCAUCCAGAGCACGAGAAGAGAGUAUGGAGACUUCGGGGCAGAGGGUGUGGACCUGUGGCUGGCUGCCAGCGGGGACCAGCAGGUCAGCGUUUGGGCCUCCAACUGGCUGCAGGACCGCUGUGAGCUCGUGGACUGGCUGAGCUUCCCAGCGCCCGCCCUCACGGAGGUUCCCAGCUGCCCGCCACCCUCCCUCGCCGCCUUCUGCCCCUGGGAUGAGGCGCUGCUGGUGUGUGCGGGCCUCAGCGUGCACCAUGAGGUCAUCUUCUACAGCCUCUGCCAGAAGCAGGUGAUGAAGAAGAUCCCACUGCCUUUCUUUGCUGUGUCCAUGAGCCUGUCCCCUGGGGCCCACCUUAUGGCCAUUGGCUUCUCUGCAGAGCGUGUGCUGAGGCUGGUGGACUGUGCGUCGGGGGCCGUGCAGGACUUUGCUGGCCAUGAUGACUCGGUGCAGCUGUGCAGGUUUGCCCCAUCUGCUCGGCUGCUCUUCACGGCGGCCCACAAUGAGAUACUGGUGUGGGAAGUCACAGGCCACUGACCCCCAGUGGGGAGUGUGGGGUCAGGUGUUGCCCUGCUGGUCAGCCGGGCACCUGGCCUGGGCAGAGGCUCAGCUGAGAAGCUGGGUUGGCCGGGGGCCUUGUGCUGGGCCAGGAUGGCUGGGUGGGCUUCACCCCUCCACACCCGGCUGCCCAGGAGUGUGUGCAAAUUAUCAAGACCUUGAGCAUGUAUGAAGUGCUUAUUGUUUCUUUUCCUUUGGGCUUUUGUUUCUACCUUGUACAGUUCAAAUAAAUGUGGGUGUUGCACUGAG